GGUCCCGGGAUAGGUCUCGCUGCGGGGGGGGCGGCCCCGUCACCCCGCACCGCCCCGGGGGCUGCGGGGACCUGCCCCCCCCCGGCCCUGCUGUGUCCUGUGACCAGCCCCACGUCCCUGUCCCCGUGUCCCCAUUCCCAUGUCUCCACAUGUCCACGUCCACGUCCUCACAUCCCCAUGUCCCUAUUUCCCCACGUCCCCAAGUCCCCACAGUCUCUGGUCCCUACAUCCAUGUCCUCCCCCCCCAUAUUCCCAUGUCUCCACGUCUCCACGUCCCCAUCCUCACGUCGCGUGUCUCGACAUCCCCACAUCCACGUCCCCAUGUCCGGGCUGUGGCCUCUGGCAGCGGGUGGGAUCGCUGUAGGCAGGUCCCCACCCUGGCGCUGCUCAAAUCCCAAAACCACUGGGCUGUGGCGGGGGGGCCAGGCAGGAGGUGGGAGGUGGCCACGUCCCCCCAGUGCCACGUCCCCUCAGCUCCAUGUCCCCCAGCCCCAGCCCUGGCCAUGGCUGGGCUGCUCCAGGCCCUGGUGGGUGCCUCAGAGAAGGCAGCGGCCAUCGCCCGGCUCUGCCGGCGGGAGCAGCCGCUCUUCCAGCUCCUGGUGGCUGAGAAGACGGGACCCGACCGGAACCGCAGGUUCCUGCAGGACUUCAAGACACUGGCAGACGUCCUCAUCCAGGAGGUCAUCAAGCAUGACCUGGGGAAGGAGUUCCCGGAGCUGCUGGACCACAUCCACGGCGAAGAGUCCAACGAGUUCAGGAGCCCUGAGGGAGAGAUGGUGACGGUGCGGGUGUGUGCCACGCCGGGGGACACAGCAGCGCUGCUGCUGGCAGUGCUGGCGCCCGAGCGUGAGGCCGCGGAGCUGCUGGCGGACGCUGUGCACCGGGACGUGGCACUGGCAGACGCAGCGCUGGCCGGUGUGGAGCUGAGCAUCCUCCCACAGGACCUGGCCAUAUGGAUAGACCCCAUCGACUCCACCAACGAGUACAUCCGCGGGUGCGAGGAUGUGGCCCCCAUCGACGGCGUCGCCCCGGCAGGGCUGUGCUCAGCACUGGUGCUCAUCGGCGCCUAUGACCGGCAUACGGGCUGCCCCGUGCUGGGCGUCAUCAACGAGCCCUUCUUCCGUCGGGACCCCGUGACACGCAGGUGGCAGGGCCAGUACCACUGGGGUGUCGCAUACGGGGACACACGGCUGAGCUCGCUGAGCCCCCCAGGACCGUCACCGGUGCCGCGCGUGGUGCUGAGCCGUGCUGAGGCGCCGGCGGUGCGGGCGGUGCUGGAGCCGCUCUGCGGCGGGCGCCUGCUCUUCGCUGCCGGUGCCGGGUACAAACUGCUCUGCGUCAUCCUGGGCCUGGCGGACAUCUACGUGCUCUCGGAGGGCAGCACCUUCGCCUGGGACGCCUGCGCCCCACACGCCAUCCUGCGCGCCCUGGGCGGGGGGAUCGUGGCCUUGGCGGAGGCCCUGCGGAUGCGGCGAGCGCAGAGCGCCGGGACCCCCCCGGAGCUGGUUUACAACCGCCCCAUAGAUAGGGUGGACGGGGCCGAGCGCUGGGCAAACCGCGGCGGCCUCGUGGCCUAUGUGGACCCGCAGCACCUCGAGGCCGUACUGGCUGCGCUGGCCACCGUGCCGGGGCUCUGAGCCCACAGGGACCAGGGGGGCUGGGUCCCAGAGUGGCAGGGAGCCUGGGGUGCGGGGUAUGGGGUGUCCGGGACCAAGAGCGGUGGGUCACUGGGUUGCCAGGGUGUAGGGUGUGGGGUGUCUGGGACCUCAGGAUGUAGUGUAUGGGGUGCCCAGGACCCUGGGGUGCAGGGUAUGGGGUGUUGGGGAGCUCAGGGUGCAGUUUAUGGGGUGCUUGGGGCCUCUGGGUGCAGGUUAUGGAGUGUCCAGGACGCUGGGGUGAAGGUUUUGGGGCGUCAGGGACCCCAAGGUGCAGGUUUUGGGGGGUCCGGGACCUCUGGGUGCAGGUUUUGAGGUGUCCAGGGGGUGGAGCAAGGCUGGCAGGACGCUGGGACCCGGGGUGCAGUUAUGGGGUCCCGGGGCUGGGUGGCUGCGGAACGGGAGCUCUGUGACCCCCCCCCCCGCCCUCCCGAGCCCCCCAUUAAAGCGUCCCCC